AGCGUGAACAUGGUGGCAUAAUCGCCAUUAACCUUUAAGGGAUAAAAAUGGCAUCUGAAAGAAAACGUAAACAUAGAGCGCUAGGGAUUCAAGAAUUAGAACUCUGUUUCUUCCUAUUUGACCUACAAAUUCACAGCACCCAAAACACACCAUAAAGAUUGAAUCUGGAAUCUUGAUUAGAACAUUAGAUAAUGGAGGAGGAGUCAGAAAAGAGAAAGGAAAGGCUAAAAGCUAUGAGAAUGGAAGCUUCACAAAGUGGAAAUUACAAUGAAACUCAGAAUCAAUUACAAGGUCUUAGCAAUCCUUUAAUUGAAUCUCCUUCAGGACAGGCUGAAUUUCAUGCUGCCCCAAGAUUUGAUUAUUACACUGAUCCCAUGGCUGCUUUUUCUGCUAACAAAAAGAGGAAUAACGUCAGCCCUCAAGUUUCUCAACCAUGUUACACCCCUCCAAGACCAAGAAACCCUCAGUCUCCAAUUUAUACUGCUCGAGGCAACUAUUCCAUAGAUCAAAGAUCGCAGUCACAAGGAGUCCAUCAUACCUUUAAUCCUCUUGAAAACCCUGGGCAAAAUAGUCCUUUUGGCACACCACAAAGAAGCUCCCCUAAUGCGUGGGGUAGCUCUUUUGGGACACCUAACAGCUACUUUCCACCUAAUUCUUCAAUAGGUGGUAACUUAGCCAGUCCUGGCAUUCAUCAAAGUGGAAGACCUGAUUUUCAUUACGGACAAGGUUGGGGUAAUCCUGGUUCAGGAUAUAGAGGCAGCCCUAGCCAAGGUUCAGGAUAUAGAGGCAGCCCUAACCAAGGUUCAGGAUAUAGAGGCAGCCCUUACCAAGGUCCGGGACACAGAGGCAGCCCUUACCAAGGUUCGGCACAAGGAAGGAGCCAAUGGAUGGGUAAUAGUUCAAGUCCUGUUUCGGUUCAACGUGGUAGGAGGGGAUUGGGUUCCCAUGGAUGCACAUCAGCAGAGUCUAGACCAGAUUUGUUUUAUAAUAAGUCAAUGGUAGAAGAUCCAUGGAAAGAGUUGAAGCCAGUUAUCUGGAAGCCAUUAAAUGCUCCAUCAAACAAUUUAGAUACCCCCGGAUCUGAGAAAUCUUCCUGGCUUCCAAAAUCCAUUAGCGCAAAAAAGGCUAAAAUCCCAGAUGCUCCUCCACUAAAAUCUACUCCUCAGCAAAGCCUUGCUGAGUAUUUGUCUGCCUCAUUUAAUGAAGCAGCCAGCAAUGAGGCUGGGAAAGAUGGAUCUGGCACAUGAUUGCCAUGUGAUGCCUCCGAGUCUUACUUUAUGAUUUCUCUCCCUCGCAUAAUAUCAUCAAAUUGCAAGUUUAGCAGCAGUUGAGUUUUUUUUAACUUUUUUUGUAAGUUAAUAUUGACAGCUAAUAAGUUCCAUUUGGUGUUUCAUGACCUGGAAUUCUGCUGUUGUAGUAUGCCAUUACCCUGUAAAUCUUGAAGGAAAAAAAAAAAAAAAGGAUUUUCUUGGUUUUGUGGGAGUAUCAAAAGUUAACAGACUCGCUGCUCCCAGUAACUUGCAUGUUCUUUUACAUGGAUAUCACAUUAGGAUUUGGCUUGGAAAUUAUGAAAAA